AUGGGCGACGACGACAAAUGCAGCAAGGCGACGUUGGCUGCGAGUCAGAAGCAGUUCGCCUUCAUCGGCAUUGCUGUGUCGACGAUCGCCACUUUAACCGCAAUCGUCGCGGUACCCAUGCUCUGCAUGCACAUGCACACUGUUAAUUCGGGUAUUCAAGAAGAACUCGCCUUCUGUCGGUCAAAGACCACCGGAUUACAAGCUGAAUUCACCAAGUUGGAAGGUUUCCGCAGUCAAGCACUACGUGCCAAACGUCAAUAUCCUGAUCUAUGUUGCUCCUGCGGCAUUGGCGAAAAUGGACCUGUCGGACCACCCGGUGAAGACGGAGAACCAGGGGAAGAUGGUCAUCCUGGAAACCCUGGUGCUCCAGGUGCAGACGCGCCAAAGCACAAUGCGAUACCAAAACGAGAAGACUACUGUUUCGAAUGCAUGCCCUCCGCAGCAGGACCUCCUGGUGUCCCUGGGCCAAUGGGACCUCCUGGACCGCAAGGCAGCGUUGGAGAGACUGGACCUCCUGGACCGCCAGGUCAUCAAGGACCACCGGGACCGCGUGGUCCUCCUGGAAAGGAUGGUGAAGAAGGUGAGGCAGGCGCACCCGGACAACCUGGAUCAGUUCGUACUUUACCGUCACCUCAGGGAGAGCCAGGGGAGAUGGGUGAGAUGGGACCGCCAGGUCCCCCAGGUUCAGAUGGUCGCCCUGGAAUGAACGGACGACCAGGACAGCCAGGAGAGCAAGGCGAACCCGGUAUGGAUGCUCCAAAUGGAAAAGACGGUGAGCCUGGUCCGCGCGGUCCUCCCGGACAAGAUGGUUUGAAAGGUUCUUGCGAUCACUGUGCUCCUCCCCGCACUCCUCCUGGCUACUAA